AUGAGCUGGUUUCGGAACCUGCAAGGGCAACUAUCCGAACUCGCCAAUGAAGUGCUCAGCGAAGCCACAGAUGAAGUCGCAGAUCCGGAGACAGAGUUGCAGGUUCCGGUUCCUUUACGUGGAUUGCAGGUGGCGAACAAGAAGCGAAAUGAAGCUGAGCGUCUUCUCGUAAUAGAACAAUCAAAAGUUAGCAAACUAGAAGAAAAGGUGCUAGAACAAGAACAGAUUUUGUCUGCUCAUCAAACCGAACUGGAUAUGAUUAAUGAGCGCCAUAGGACGAUGAUUCUCACAAGAGAUGAGGAAAUAAAGAAGCUGAAGAGUGAAUUAGAACGCUCGCAACUUAGCGAGUGGCAGUCCACAGAUGUUGACACCGGGACCUUAGAACAAACUAUUCUGGAUUUGCAACGUGAAGUCGCUCACUGGAAAUCGCUAGUUGAAAUGGAACGUAAGGAGGUAAGUCAUCCGUUUUGUUGA